AAAGAAGAAGACGAGGAAGAAGCAGCCUCAGCCUCGGUACAUCUGGAACAUCCCUAUCUGUGUCCUUUUUGUGCUUCUACUUCAGACUUUGAUGGGAUUUACAGACUGGGACGUGAAAGCUCGGCUCGUCCUGCACAAGAGAAGACAAAGGUGGAUUUUAAGUGAAACCUGAAAGUUGUGUCUGAACAACGAUCACCUGAUUCCAGCAAACAUGGAUGGAAGACCCACCUGUGAGCAGUGUGGAAAGACUUUCACCAGAGCAAGUGACCUAAAAAUCCACCAACGCAUCCACACUGGAGAAAAACCACAUAAGUGUGACCAGUGUGGGAAUGCUUUCACCAGAGCAAGUGACCUAAAAAUCCACCAACGCAUCCACACUGGAGAAAAACCAUAUACUUGUGACCAGUGUGGGAAUGCAUUCACUACGGCAAGUAAUCUAAAACAACACCAACACAUUCACACUGGAGAAAAACCAUAUGAGUGUUACCAGUGUGGAAAUGCUUUUAUCACAGCACAUCACCUGAAAGUCCACCAACGCAUCCACACUGGAGAAAAACCAUAUAUCUGUGACCAGUGUGGGAAUGCUUUCACCACAGCAAGUUCUCUAAAAAAACACCAACACAUCCACACUGGAGAAAAACCAUAUGAGUGUGACCAGUGUGGAAAUGCUUUCAUCACAGGACAUCACCUAAAAAUCCACCAACGCAUCCACACUGGAGAAAGACCAUAUUGCUGUGGCCAGUGUGGAAAUGCUUUCACCACAGCAAGUUCCCUAAAAAUCCAUCAACGCAUCCACACUGGAGAAAAACCAUAUGAGUGUGACGAGUGUGGGAAUGCUUUCACCAGAGCAAGUGACCUAAAAAUCCACCAGCGCAUCCACACUGGAGAAAAACCAUAUGAGUGUUACCAGUGUGGAAAUGCUUUCACCACAGCAAGUAACCUUAAAAAACACCAACGCAUCCACACUGGAGAAAAACCAUAUGAGUGUGACCAGUGUGGAAAUGCUUUCACCACAGCACAUCAUCUAAAAAUCCACCAACGCAUCCACACUGGAGAAAAACCAUAUGCCUGUGACCAGUGUGGAAAGAAUUUCACCCAAAUGAAUGUGCUUAAACAUCACCAACGCAUCCACACUGGAGAAAAACCAUAUGAGUGUGACCAGUGUGGGAAUGCUUUCACCACAGCAAGUGACCUAAAAAAACAUCAACGCAUCCACACUGGAGAAAAACCAUAUGAGUGUUUCCAGUGUGGGAAUGCUUUCACCACAGCAAGUAACCUAAAAAAACAUCAACGCGUCCACACUGGAGAAAAACCAUAUGCCUGUGCCCAAUGUGGAAAGAGUUUCACCCAAAUGAAUGGGCUGAAACGUCACCAACACAGUCACACUGGAGAAAAACCAUAUAACUGUGACCAGUGUGGGAAUGGUUUCACCACAGCAAGUGACCUCAAAAUCCACCAACGGAUCCACACUGGAGAAAAACCAUAUAAUUGUGACCAAUGCAGAAAGAGUUUUACCCAAAUGAAUGGACUGAAACGUCACCAACGCAUUCACACUGGAGAAAAACCAUAUAAAUGUGAGCAGUGUGGGAACGCUUUCACCACAGCGGGUGACCUAAAAAUCCACCAACGCAUCCACACUGGAGAAAGACCAUAUGAGUGUGGCCUGUGUGGAAAUGCUUUCACCACAGCAAGUGACCUGAAAAAACACCAACGCAUCCACACUGGAGAAAAACCAUAUGCCUGUGCCCAAUGUGGAAAGAGUUUCACACAAAUGAAUGGGCUUAAACAUCACCAACGUAUCCACACUGGAGAAAAACCAUAUAAGUGUGACCAGUUUGGGAAGUUUUUCACCAAAGCUAUUCAUCUAAAAAUCCACCAACAGACCCACAAUGGAGAGAGACCCAAGUCCAUCCCAUAAUUUCACACCCACAACCUGAAUCCAUCUUCACGUCACAACUUUCCUCACUUUAGUCCAUUCACAAAUAUAAAAACUUUUUAAAUUAUAAUUACUGUCUUAAUUUAAAGAAAUCUUGAAUGCUAUUUGGAACAAUAUUAUUCUUUACUUUAUAAAUCAUAUACAAUAUCCUGCAAUUUUAAGGGUCUCAAGUGGAGUAAAUCAGUUAUUAGUUGCUCCAAAAUAUCGUACUUUAUUAAUAAUUAGGUAUGUUAUCAGUACAGGUGCAGUUAUUGUCAUGUUUAUAUCAGUGAAAUUUGACUUUGUCCUUAUUUGAUGUGUUUGUGAGACGCCACAUUUCCACUGCGUGGUACUGGCUCGACUCGAGUCGGCCUUUUUGCAUUUCUAUUACGAAAAAGGACCUGGAAUCUUGUA